CCUCAGCCCUCCUCAAUCGCAGCUUUGUUGCGCCGCUCGCAGCUCGGAGGGAAACAGCCUCUGCUUCAUCACAUGAUGGGGAUGUUAAUACGCCACGAGUCUAUUAAACCCGGCGGAAGGGGCCGGACCGGUCUCCCCCCGGGGCUGGCCGGGGACCCCACUGCUGAGCGCGGCCCGGAGGGCUCCGUGCAGCGCCAUCCCCCCGUGACACGGUCCCUCGGGGGCAGGGGGCGGCCCCCCGCUCCAGAUGGCCGCGGGAGCCGCUCCGCCACAAUGAAAGGCGGAACACCUUCCUGCACCCAGUGACGGGACAGCUCCCCGAGGACACCUCAAGGCUUGACUUGCCAAACCCCAGCUCGGACAUGUCCAGCAAGGCGGGCAGCAAGCGGCCGGCCACCGUCCCCAGCGAGCCGCCCAACCACGCCAUGGUGGCCGAGGUGCCCCCGGAGCGCCCCGGAGGCCGGGCUCCGCGCUCGUCCCGCAAAGGCAUCGCCUUUGGGAAGCGCUCCAACUCCAUGAAGAGGAACCCCAACGCCGCCGUCACCAAGAGCGGGUGGCUCUACAAGCAGGCCAGCUCGGGGGUGAAGCAGUGGAACAAGCGCUGGUUCGUGCUGGUGGAUCGGUGCCUCUUCUACUACAAAGACGAGAAGGAGGAGAACAUCCUGGGCAGCAUCCCCCUGCUCAGCUUCCGCGUGGCCGCCGUGCAGCCCUCGGACAACAUCAGCAGGAAGCACACGUUCAAGGUGAUGGUGUGCUGGGUGCAGGAGCUGCCGGCGGGUAACGGGCAGCCCCUGUCUCCCCAGGCCGAGCACGCCGGCAUCCGCACCUACUUCUUCAGCGCCGAGAACACGGAGGAGCAGGAGGCCUGGAUCCAGGCCAUGGGCGAGGCCGCCCGCGUGCAGAUCCCCCCGAGCCAGAGGCACGAGAAACCAGACUCGGAGAACAUCCCUCCCAGCAAACACCACCACCACCACCACCACCACCACUGCAACGCCGCCCACCGCGAGCACCCCAAGGCCGAGCCCGACGCCAAGACCCGCGGCGAGGGCGACGGCCGCGGCUCGGAGAAGAUGGAGCGGAAGCCGUCGGAGCGGGCGGACAGCAAGAAGGAACUUUUGGUCAAAGCCAACGGCCUCAGCGGGCAGGAGCCGCCCUCGGAACCGGGCAGUCCCUACCCCGAGGGUCCGCGUGGGCCGGUGAGCGCCGAGCGGCCGGCACAGCCCAACGGGUGGCCGUACCCCUCGCCCAGCCGGCCCGGCAGCACCGCCUUCCCCCCGGUGGGUGACGGUGAGAACGGGGCCCAGCGCCGCAGCGUUGUCCCCAGGUCCCACCCCGAGAAGGUGGCCCAGCGCAAGAGCUCCAUGACGCAGCUGCAGCAGUGGGUGAACUCCCGCCGCGCCACCGCCGCCCCCGAGGAGCUGCGCAGCCCCACCAGGUUUUACCCGGUGUCGCGCCGGGUGCCCGAUUAUUACCCGCCCUACUCGCCGCAGUACCCCGAGGAGUACCAGUACUACCCGCCGGGCGUGCGCCCCGACAGCAUCUGCUCCAUGCCCGCCUUCGAGCGCGUCAGCCCGCCCUGGGCGCUGGAGGACAAACGCCACUCCUUCCGCAACGGGGGUCCCUUCCACGCCGCCUUCGGCCGCCAGGAUGUCCCUCUGUGGCUGCCGGCGCCCGCCAGGCCGCCCGGCUACCUGGACGAGGUGGACGCGGCCUCGGGCUCGCUGCGGAGGAUGUCGCUGCAGCCGCGCUCGCGCUCGGUGCCACGCUCGCCCAGCCAGGGCUCCUACGGCCGUGCCAGGGUCUACUCGCCCGUGCGCUCGCCCAGCGCCCGCUUCGAGCGGCUGCCGCCCCGCGGGGACGAGAUUUACGCCGACCCCGCCGCCUUCGUGAUGCGCAGAUCCAUCAGCUCGCCCAAGUACGAUUACCUGGGUGACAGGCGGCCCGUCCCGGCCGGGGUGUACCCCUACCACUUCCCGGCGUCCCCCAGCAUCCACGACAAAAUGGAUGAACUUUUAGACCUUCAGUUGCAAAGAAACCUAGAAUAUUUGGACCAGCAGAUGAGCGAGAGCGAGACCCUCAUCACUAUGGUGAACAGGAUGGUGGAGACCUCCUCCCCUAGGGCCCAGCUCUACAUGCAAGUGACGCCGUUCCCGGAGCCCUACAGGGACACCCUGCACCCCUACAAGAUCAGCGAGCAGGACACCGAUAAGCUGCUGGGGAAGCUCUGCGAGCAGAACAAGGUGCUGCGGGAGCAGGAGAGGCUGGUGCAGCAGCUCCGGGCUGAGAAGGAGAGCCUGGAGAGUGCCCUGAUGGGGACACACCAGGAGCUGGAGAUGUUUGGCAGCCAGCCCGCCUACCCGGAGAAGCUGCUGCACAAGAAGGAAUCGCUCCAGAACCAGCUCAUCAACAUCCGGGUGGAGCUGUCCCAGGCCAGCACGGCCCUGGCAAACAGCACAGCCGAGUACGAGAGCCUGGAGAGUGAAGUGUCCACCCUGCACGAUGACCUCUGGGAGCAGCUCAACCUGGACAUCCAGAACGAGGUGCUGAACCGGCAGAUCCAGAGGGAGAUCUGGCGGAUCCAGGACGUGAUGGAGGGGCUGAGGAAGAACAACCCCUCCCGAGGCACCGACACGGCCAAGCACCGAGUGGCGCUGGGCCCCUCGGGCACGUACAGCUCCAACAGCCCUGCCAGCCCCCUGAGCUCUGCCAGCCUCACCAGCCCCCUGAGCCCCUUCUCCCUCAUCUCCGGCUCCCAGGGAUCGCCCACCAAGCUGGGCCCUGGCGAGGAACCAGGCCCGCCUCGACCUCCCCUCCCCAAGUCCUACGUGCCCCUGGAGUCUCCUCCGGCCGUUCCUCCGCUCCCCAGCGAGAGCCGCCUCUGGCCCUACCCCGCCUCCCCUUCCUGGCACCAAGGAGAGGCCAAGCGGGGACAGCCCAAACCAGGCCCGGAGCAGAGCAAGAAGGAGCCCCCCCGGCCCAGCCCCCCCGGCCCCAGCCCCGAGGGGCUCCCGCAGGCCCGGCCCGAGCACGACGGCGACAAACAAGCGGCUCUCAACAAGGUGGGAAUCGUCCCCCCCAGGACCAAAUCUCCGGCGGAGGACGAGGCGGUGCCCAGGAGGAACGGCCUGGCCAACGGGCUCAGCUCCCGGGAGAGACCCAAGAGCGCCGUGUUCGCCACCGAGACCAAGGUGAAGAUGAGCGUGGAGGAGCAGCUGGACCGCAUGAAGCGCCACCAGAGCGGCUCCAUGAAGGAGAAGCGGCGCAGCCUGCAGCUCCCCGCGCCCCAGCCCGACACCCCCGGCACCAAAACCCCCUCCUCCUACAAGGUGGUGCGGCGGCACCGCAGCAUCCACGAGGUGGACAUCUCGGACCUGGAGGCCGCGCUGCGCUCCGACGAGCCCGGCAAGGCGUACGAGACGCCGCAGGAGGAGAUCGCCCGGCUGCGCAAGAUGGAGCUGGAGCCGCAGCACUACGAGGUGGACAUCAACAAGGAGCUGUCCACGCCGGACAAAGUCCUGAUCCCCGAGCGCUACGUGGAGCUGGAGCCCGAGUCGCCCCUCAGCCCCGAGGAGAUGAAGGAGAAGCAGAAGAAGGUGGAAAGGAUCAAGACUCUCAUUGCCAAAUCCAGCCUGCAGAACGUCAUCCCCCUGGGCGAGGGGGAGGUGGACACCCCGCAGGACCCUGAGGUGCAGCUGCAGGAGCAGGAGAAGAGGAUCGAGAUCUCCUGCGCCCUGGCUGCCGAGGCCUCGCGCCGCGGCCGGAUGCUCUCGGCUCAGUGUGCCACCCCCAGCCCUCCCUCCUCCCCGGCCUCCCCGGCUCCUCCGGCCGAGCCGCCCCGGGCCGACAGCAGCCACCUCAUGCGGGUGUGAGCCUGUGACCUCAAGCCCUGGCUGCUGCCGGCGCCACCAAGUUCCACGGGGCCACGUUUUAGUCCCCUCCUGAGGUGACACCGAACCUCGCGCCACCACCCUCGGUUCUCCCGGACCCCCUUCCCUCCCUGCGGCGGCGACACCAGCGGGAGAUGUGGCACCGGCGGGAGCCCCGAGGAGGCGGGAGGGGGCCGGGCUUGUCCCCGAGGAGCCCCCAGGGCUGUCAGUGGCCACCGGGUGACACCCGGACAGCUGUGACAGCGGCCGCAAGGACACACCCCGACAGAUGUGACAGCGGCCACCAGGACAGAUGUGACAGUGGUCACCAGGACAUCCCCAAACAGCUGUGACAGCGGC